CACAUGGGAGCCAGAGCCAUCCUCAAGGAUAAACAAAAGGAGAUAGCAACUGACAAUGGUUGUGCCAUAAGAGAUGGGGUCAGAGGUCGUGUACUCCAUCUAUGCCAGAAUUUGAAGAGUCUGAUCUUGUGCAGGUCUACAGUUUUCUAGGUGUCAUUCCUAUUUUUAAGCAGUUGGAAGUCUUUUCACAACUAGAAAAGUAUUUUAAUUCAUUCUGAGUCAAAAGUGAACCUCUCCAAGUCCCACAUGGAUAACUCCAACAGUGAUGAGGACACAGAUGCUGACUUUGACACCCAGCUCAUCAUUCAGCAGAGUUUGCUGGAUAUUUACAAGCCAGAAGUAACUCAGCACACAUCAGAAGACAAGAGGUCCCAUUCCAUUUCGAGUGCUGACCAUAAGAAGAUAGUUGAAGCAAUAGAGACAGUUAAGUACUCUUCCUAUUCUCCUUCAACGUGUAAGGAAGAUGCACUGGCACACCUAACCAAGUACCAUUCUGCAUUUGAUGAAGCCAAUGGGGAUGGUUGGCUUCCUCUGCAUACUGCGGCAGUGCAGUUAAACAGGAACAUCUUGGAAAUAACCCUGAGCGCUACCAAACCCAGUAUGUGGGAACAAACCACCCACAAUGGAGAAACACCACUUUUUUUGGCUGUCAGCAGUAGCCUCCUAGAAAAUGCCCAUUUUCUACUUCUCAAUGGCUGCGAUCCAAAUGCUAAGAAUCUUGAAGGCAGUUCUCCUCUUUUUACAGCUGUUCUGAAAGACUCCUAUGACAUGGCUACCUUGCUGAUCAGUCAUGGCGCAGAUGUCAAUCUGCGAUGUGCCAACAAGAGGACAGCUCUCCAUGAAGCUGCCAAGCUCGGCAACUGGGACAUGGUAAAGCUGAUGCUGACUUCGGGGGCACACCCAGAUGCACGGAGCUCCUAUGGGUUUACUCCUCUUGCCCUUGCUGCUCAAGGCGGACACACUGAAAUCAUGGAACUGUUACUGCAGAAAGGAGCUGAUGUUCACAGUCAGGCCUCUGAUUCUUCCUCCAUUUUACUUGAAGCCGUUAGAGGAGGAAAUCCAGACUCUGUGACUCUCUUGCUAGAGUAUGGAGCUGACGCCAACAUCCCUAAAAGCUCAGGCCACCUGCCCAUACAUGUGGCAGCUGACAAAGGCCACUUAUUAGCUCUAAAGAUGUUGGUUCCAGUUACGGAUAUUGCUGCCAUCAAGAGGAGUGGGAUCAGUCCAGUUCACUGUGCAGCAGCUGGGGCUCACCCCCAAUGUCUGGAAAUUCUCAUUCAGGCUGGAUUUGAUGUGAAUUUCAUGCUAGAUCAGAGAGUCCGUAAACAUUAUGAUGAUCAAAGGAAGUCAGCCUUGUAUUUCGCUGUUUCAAAUGGUGACCUCUCUUCAGUUAAACUGCUUCUGAAUGCUGGCGCUCUACCCAAUCAAGACCCAGUCAACUGCCUACAGAUAGCUCUCAGGAUGGGCAACCAUGAGCUCAUAAGUCUACUACUGAGGCACGGGGCCAAUGUCAACUACUUCUGCAGAGUUAACCCUUUGCAUUUCCCAUCGGCACUGCAAUACUCACUGAAAGACGAAGUCAUGCUCAGGAUGCUACUGAAUUAUGGGUAUGACACAGAGCGAUGUUUUGACUGUCCUCACGGGGACAGAGUUCAUCGUUUUUGUACUUUUGAAGGCUGGACACCUACAGUUAUUAAAGAUACUAUGUUCUGUGAAGUCAUAACUUUGUCAUGGCUACAGCAUCUCUCUGGAAAAGUUGUCCGUGUGAUGCUUGAUUAUGUUGAUCAAGUGCAAAUCUGCUCAAAAUUGAAAGCUGUGCUUGAAAAACAGAAGCUCUGGCCAGAAAUACAUUUGAUCUUGACAAACCCUCGUUCUCUAAAACACUUGUGCCGCCUCAAGAUCCGGAAGUGUAUGGGACGGUUACAUCUGCGUUGCCCUGUCUUUAUGUCAUUUCUUCCAUUGCCCAACCGUCUAAAAGCUUACGUCCUUUACAAAGAAUAUGACCUUUGCGGACAAGAGAGUUUUUCAGGAACCUGGUAAUGGACCUAUUCUGGAGGAAAAAGGACAACAACCUGGCCCUCACUACCAGUCUGGUUUGGUCUACUGGAAGCCGCUAUCAACCGACUCUGCUCCUCCAAGUCCUGGUGGAAAGAUAAAAAAGAAACUAAGUUAACUGUCAGCAGUCAAAUGGAAAACUACAUGGUGUCCCAGACUUAGUUUUCUAUGUACUUUUACUGUGCUUGAGAGCCACUCCAAUCCUGUCACAUGCUUAAUUCUGGUAAUCUGAUUAAAAGAAAGGCUAAGUAUUUUCAGCAAAUGAGACACCAGGGUGAACUUUGAAUAAUACCAUAAAAACAAACAUGCAAAAAAAGUGUGUUAUUUUAUCCUCCCUUUCUUGUUCUGUGGCUAAUAACCAAGUACUGAAUAUCCUCAUAUCUCAGUAUAGUCAGAGAGUAAAACUGUCCUCCGCACCCCAUUCCCUGCUCCUCUCCAGAUAUCACUCCCCUCAGUUAAGCUGUCCUUCUGUGCUGUCUUUGUCAUUUUCUUUCCUCAGAUCUUGCCUAUAUAUCCAACUCACGUCUAGUUCUUACUGGUCUCUCCACAUAAGUAUGCCCUAGUUACUUUCUCUCUUGUUUUUCUACCAUCAAUGCCACCACCCUUAAUAGAAUCACCUAAUCAAGUUUUGGUUCUGAAAAUUGUGUACUUUAAAUUACCCUUUUGUAGGUUUAAUCAUUAGUACCACACCAAAAAAAAAAAAAAAAAGUAGGGUGUGCUGUAGGGAAAAUGGAGGAAGCUCUGAGUGAAUGCAUAUUACUGACACGAGCACAGCUUGUCAAGGACUACAGUGUCUUUAACCCAUGGGAACUGGCAAAGCUACCUUCUCGUCUGUGUUGACAGUGUGUGCAAAACAGCUUCCUCGUCCCUCCUCCAACCUCAGGAAUGGCUCCAACCUGAGACUGCUCCCUAUAGAGCCCUACAGACUGCUCACCCUUCUGUAAGAACCGUUCAUAAGAAACUCUGGGUUCUGGGGCUGCUGUGCAGUAGGAAGCACCACUCCAUCAGGAAGAGUUCCUCAUCCCAGCUCUUCUGUGCACAUGUCUGUCCUUUCUUCACUCCCUUGUUACCCCAGUCUGGUUUCCAGGACCAACCUGUGCUAAAUGCAGUGUGCAUGCAUGUUUGUAUGUAUGCUUGUGUGUGUGUGUACAUAUGUGAAUAUGACACGCCUACUGAUGCUUAAUAUAAGUAUUUUCCCUUUCACAGUCAUUGUGGCUUUCAGCAAGACAAUUAUGUCUAUUAUUGAUAUACGAAAAUUCUGGCAUGUUUCUUUAACAGAAAGUUAUGCUCUAUUUCAUGGCAGCUACUAUGCAAUUCAGGUCCCCCUUUCCUACUACGCAAUGAAUCAUCCGGCUAUGUGGUAGAAACGGACUUCCAAUUGGAAACUGUCUGAGAGUCACAGUGCUGAAUUAGUCACAUCAAUCUCACAUAAAGGAAUACCUUCUCAAUCUGUUUUUGUUUGCUGAGCUCUUUCUGUUGUUUUUCUUUUACUCUCUCUAUUUCUUUUUGCUUUUCUGAUGCUCUACGAUCCUA